AUGUCACAGACUCACAGACUCACGGCGUGUCUGUCAGUGGCUGUCACAGACUCACAGACUCACGGCGUGUCUGUCAGUGGCUGUCACAGACUCACAGACUCAGGGCGUGUCUGUCAGUGGCUGUCACAGACUCAGAGACUCACGGCGUGUCUGUCAGUGGCUGUCACAGACUCAGAGACUCACGGCGUGUCUGUCAGUGGCUGUCACAGACUCAGAGACUCACGGCGUGUCUGUCAGUGGCUGUCACAGACUCACAGACUCACGGCGUGUCUGUCAGUGGCUGUCACAGACUCACAGACUCACGGCGUGUCUGUCAGUGGCUGUCACAGACUCACAGACUCACGGCGUGUCUGUCAGUGGCUGUCACAGACUCACAGACUCACGGCGUGGGAGCACAGGUACAGACAGAGGAGCACAGGUACAGACAGAGGAGCACAGGUACAAACAGAGGAGCACAGGUACAAACAGAGGAGCACAGGUACAGACAGAGGAGCACAGGUACAGACAGGGGAGCACAGGUACAAACAGAGGAGCACAGGUACAGACAGAGGAGCACAGGUACAGACAGGGGAGCACAGGUACAGACAGAGGAGCACAGGUACAAAGAGAGGAGCACAGGUACAAACAGAGGAGCACAGGUACAGACAGAGGAGCACAGGUACAGACAGGAGAGCACAGGUACAGACAGGGGAGCACAGGUACAGACAGAGGAGCACAGGUACAAACAGAAGAGCACAGGUACAGACAGGGGAGCACAGGUACAGACAGGGGAGCACAGGUACAGACAGAGGAGCACAGGUACAGACAGAGGAGCACAGGUACAAACAGAGGAGCACAGGUACAAACAGGGGAGCACAGGUACAGACAGGGGAGCACAGGUACAGACAGAGGAGCACAGGUACAGACAGGGGAGCACAGGUACAGACAGAGGAGCACAGGUACAAACAGAGGAGCACAGGUACAGACAGGGGAGCACAGGUACAGACAGAGGAGCACAGGUACAGACAGGGGAGCAUAGGUACAGACAGGGGAGCACAGGUACAGACAGAGGAGCACAGGUACAAACAGAGGAGCACAGGUACAGACAGAGGAGCACAGGUACAGACAGGGGAGCAUAGGUACAGACAGGGGAGCACAGGUACAGACAGAGGAGCACAGGUACAAACAGAGGAGCACAGGUACAGACAGGGGAGCACAGGUACAGACAGAGGAGCACAGGUACAAACAGAGGAGCACAGGUACAAACAGAGGAGCACAGGUACAGACAGAGGAGCACAGGUACAGACAGAGGAGCACAGGUACAGACAGAGGAGCACAGGUACAAACAGAAGAGCACAGGUACAGACAGGGGAGCACAGGUACAGACAGAGGAGCACAGGUACAGACAGAGGAGCACAGGUACAGACAGGGGAGCACAGGUACAGACAGAGGAGCACAGGUACAGACAGAGGAGCACAGGUACAGACAGAGGAGCACAGGUACAGACAGAGGAGCACAGGUACAGACAGGGGAGCACAGGUACAGACAGAGGAGCACAGGUACAGACAGAGGAGCACAGGUACAGAUAGAGGAGCACAGGUACAGACAGAGGAGCACAGGUACAGACAGGGGAGCACAGGUACAGACAGAGGAGCACAGGUACAGACAGGGGAGCACAGGUACAGACAGAGGAGCACAGGUACAGACAGAGGAGCACAGGUACAGACAGAGGAGCACAGGUACAGACAGAGGAGCACAGGUACAAACAGAGGAGCACAGGUACAGACAGGGGAGCACAGGUACAGACAGGGGAGCACAGGUACAGACAGAGGAGCACAGGUACAAACAGAGGAGCACAGGUACAGACAGAGGAGCACAGGUACAGACAGGGGAGCACAGGUACAGACAGAGGAGCACAGGUACAAACAGAGGAGCACAGGUACAGACAGGGGAGCACAGGUACAGACAGAGGAGCACAGGUACAGACAGAGGAGCACAGGUACAGACAGAGGAGCACAGGUACAAACAGAGGAGCACAGGUACAGACAGGGGAGCACAGGUACAGACAGAGGAGCACAGGUACAAACAGAGGAGCACAGGUACAGACAGAGGAGCACAGGUACAGACAGGGGAGCACAGGUACAGACAGAGGAGCACAGGUACAAACAGAGGAGCACAGGUACAGACAGGGGAGCACAGGUACAGACAGAGGAGCACAGGUACAGACAGGGGAGCACAGGUACAGACAGAGGAGCACAGGUACAAACAGAGGAGCACAGGUACAGACAGGGGAGCACAGGUACAAACAGAGGAGCACAGGUACAGACAGGGGAGCACAGGUACAGACAGGGGAGCACAGGUACAGACAGAGGAGCACAGGUACAAACAGAGGAGCACAGGUACAGACAGAGGAGCACAGGUACAGACAGGGGAGCACAGGUACAGACAGAGGAGCACAGGUACAAACAGAGGAGCACAGGUACAGACAGGGGAGCACAGGUACAGACAGAGGAGCACAGGUACAGACAGAGGAGCACAGGUACAGACAGAGGAGCACAGGUACAAACAGAGGAGCACAGGUACAGACAGGGAGCACAGGUACAGACAGAGGAGCACAGGUACAAACAGAGGAGCACAGGUACAGACAGAGGAGCACAGGUACAGACAGGGGAGCACAGGUACAGACAGAGGAGCACAGGUACAAACAGAGGAGCACAGGUACAGACAGGGGAGCACAGGUACAGACAGAGGAGCACAGGUACAGACAGGGGAGCACAGGUACAGACAGAGGAGCACAGGUACAAACAGAGGAGCACAGGUACAGACAGGGGAGCACAGGUACAGACAGAGGAGCACAGGUACAGACAGGGGAGCACAGGUACAGACAGGGAGCACAGGUACAACGAGGGCACAGGUACAGACAGGGGAGCACAGGUACAAACAGAGGAGCACAGGUACAGACAGGAGCACAGGUACAGGGGGCACAGUACAGACAGAGGAGCAGCACAGGUACAGGUACAGAGGAGCACAGGUACAGACAGGGGAGCACAGGUACAGACAGAGGAGCACAGGUACAAACAGAGGAGCACAGGUACAGACAGGGGAGCACAGGUACAGACAGAGGAGCACAGGUACAGACAGAGGAGCACAGGUACAGACAGAGGAGCACAGGUACAAACAGAGGAGCACAGGUACAGACAGGGGAGCACAGGUACAGACAGAGGAGCACAGGUACAAACAGAGGAGCACAGGUACAGACAGAGGAGCACAGGUACAGACAGGGGAGCACAGGUACAGACAGAGGAGCACAGGUACAAACAGAGGAGCACAGGUACAGACAGGGGAGCACAGGUACAGACAGAGGAGCACAGGUACAAACAGAGGAGCACAGGUACAGACAAGGGAGCACAGGUACAGACAGGGGAGCACAGGUACAGACAGAGGAGCACAGGUACAAACAGAGGAGCACAGGUACAAACAGGGGAGCACAGGUACAGACAGAGGAGCACAGCCGUGGUUACGCGGUGGGUGGCCGGAGCCUCUGAUGGAAACUGA